AUGGCGCUUGUUGGGAUGGAGUUCAACGCGCCCUUGCGGACAGUUAAACGGGUUCAGUUUGGUGUGCUUGGACCGGAUGAAAUUGUAAGUUACUAAUUGCUUUUGUUGAUACUGUUUUAGAUGAAGUUCUUUUUAACCGGGUCAUGCCUAAAAUUUAGCCAAAACUAUUGUCUUUUAGCUUGAAACAUAGUUUGAAAUGCAGCUUUUCUAACGAUAUGUUUUUAGCGGUCUAUGUCUGUUGGCGAGAUAAAAUUUGCCGAAGUUUACGAUGAAGGCAAGCCAAAGUUGGGCGGGUUGAUGGAUCCUCGUCAGGGUUGCAUCGACAAGAAAGGACGAUGUAACACAUGUGCUGGAUCACUCACAGAUUGUCCUGGCCAUUUUGCACAUCUUGAGUUGGCCAAGCCUGUAUUUUAUAUCGGAUUUUUGACAAAAACUUUGAAGGUAUGUUUGUUUUAUAUUGUCGUUGGUUUUUAGGUUUUAAGAUAAGUUUUAAAUCUGCUUUCUGGUAUUUUUUGAAAUAAUAAGGUUUAUAAGAUGUUGCUACUUCUUUUGCUGGGCGUUUCCAUGUCAAUAAUUUUUAAAAUUCAUUUUUUUUCUAAAAAAUACGUUGUUUAGCUCCUCCGAUGUGUGUGCUUCUACUGCAGUCGUUUAUUGGUCGACAAAGAUAACCCAAGAGUUCAAGAUGUUCUUCAGAAGACCAAGGGUAAUCCUCGACGUCGAAUGGCCUUAAUUUACGACAUGUGUAAAGCUAAAGCUGUCUGUGAAGGUGUGGACAACCUGGAUGGAGCUAAUUUGGAAGAUCUGACAGAUGCCGAAAAAGAGCUACGUGCUGGUGGUUGUGGUCGUUAUCAACCAUCGUAUCGUCGUACUGGUAUCGAAGUUACAGCCGAAUGGAGGAAGCAUGUUAACGAAGACACACAAGAGCGAAAGAUCACAUUGACGGCCGAAAAAGUGUUGGAAGUGUUCAAAGCCAUCACUGACGAAGACAUUGAGAUCAUGGGUUUGGACACAAAGUUUUCGCGACCAGAAUGGAUGAUUUGUCAGGUUGUACCAGUACCACCAUUGCCUGUACGACCGGCUGUUGUUACUUUUGGUUCGGCGAGGAAUCAGGACGAUUUGACUCACAAAUUGGCUGAUAUUGUCAAAACUAAUAAUCAGCUCAAAGCGUGAGUGAUUAUUGAUGUAGUUUUUGAAGAAGGUUAGGCUAGGGCGCAGCUAAGCAAUGGUUAUGUUGAAAUGACAUAAAGUUGAUAAAUUACUAAAGAUAUCACUUUUACAAAGUUUUUUCUUCAAUUUAACUGAAUAUUGUUGUAGUAACGAAUCAGGCGGAGCAGCAGCUCACGUUAUAGCAGAAGACGUUCGUCUACUACAAUAUCACGUUGCCACAAUGACUGACAAUCAAAUCCCAGGUGUACCAACAGCAACACAGAAGGGUGGACGGCCGUUGAAGUCGAUUAAACAACGUCUGAAGGGAAAAGAAGGUCGUAUUAGAUGUAAUUUGAUGGGAAAACGUGUCGACUUCUCAGCACGUACUGUAAUUACACCAGAUCCGAAUCUGCCAAUUGAUACUGUAGGAGUACCAAGGACUAUUGCGCAAAAUAUGACAUUCCCGGAGAUUGUCACACCUUUCAAUAUUGAUAAGUAAGUGGUUGGGAGGGGAGGUUUUUGGGUAUUAUUUAAUGUUUUAGGUAAUGUUUGAGGGGUUUUUGUUGAUUUUUGGGCUUUAUCUUGUAGUAGGUGGAAAUAUUAAAGUUUUUUUAGCAUUAUAUUGAUUAAUAUUGUGUUAAGUGUUAUAUUAUGUUUAUUUUAUGACAUUUUUUGUUUAUAUUAUGCUUAUAUUUUGUUAUUCUUGUCUAUUUUCAGACUACAAGAGCUAGUUAACCGAGGUGAUACCACUUAUCCCGGAGCCAAGUACAUUAUCAGAGAAAACGGCCUUCGAGUCGAUCUACGGUACCAUCCCAGAGCGGCCGAUCUUCAUUUACUACCCGGCUACAGAGUGGAGCGUCACAUGAGAGAUGGUGACAUUAUCGUAUUCAAUCGUCAACCAACUCUUCACAAAAUGUCUAUGAUGGGACACAGAGUCAAGGUCUUACCGUGGUCAACAUUCCGUAUGAAUCUCUCUGUAACCUCACCUUACAACGCCGACUUUGACGGUGACGAAAUGAACCUUCACUUGCCUCAAAGUCUCGAGACUAAGGCUGAGAUCAUGGAGAUUGCAAUGGUACCACGACAACUGAUCACUCCUCAAGCCAACAAACCUGUCAUGGGUAUCGUACAGGAUACGUUGUGUGCUGUGCGUAUGAUGACGAAGAGAGACGUGUUCAUUGAGUUGCCGAGAACUAUGGACUUGCUGUUGCAUUACCCAGAUUGGGACGGAAAAAUACCACAGCCAGCGAUUCUGAAGCCUAAACCAUUGUGGACCGGAAAGCAAAUGUUCUCGUUGAUUAUUCCAGGUAAACCAGGGUUUUGAUAGUUUCACGAUGGGGAAAUAUCCUUUCGGGUUGUCAUUUAUGGUGUUUAUGCUGGUUUUUAUGUAUUUUUUUGCAAAUUCAUGUUUUCGUGGUGGGACCUAAGUUUUUUCGGGGUGGGGAAUUUGGGUACCUUUUGAACAAUGUAUGUUAAGGCACUGAAUUUAAAAAAAAUUUUUUAAUUUUUGAAAUUCCAGGACAAGUAAACUGUCUUCGAACCCACUCCACCCAUCCGGAUGAUGAAGACAGUGGACCGUAUAAGUGGAUCUCUCCUGGAGACACGAAGGUAAUUGUUGUCAAUGGAGAAUUGCACGCUGGUAUCAUUUGUUCAAGAACGGUCGGUAAAUCAGCUGGUAACUUGUUGCACGUCUGUACACUUGAAUUGGGUCAUCAAACUGCUGCCAGGUUCUAUUCUCAUAUUCAGGUAGGGUCAUUUUUUUGACUGUUAUGCCAUUUUGAAAUCAAUUUGCGAAUAUUUUUGAUAUUAUCCAUGACUUUUACACUAUUUUCUAUUUUUGAAUAUAAUCUUUUCAGUUGCUGGUAAACAAAUGGCUCCUAGCCGAAGGUCAUACCAUUGGUAUUGGGGACACAAUCGCCGAUCAAGCCACCUACCGUGACAUCCAAGAAACCAUCAGAAAAGCGAAACAAGAAGUAGUGGAAAUUAUCGAGAAGGCUCACAACGAUGAAUUGGAACCAACUCCUGGUAACUCCCUCCGCCAAACCUUUGAAAACCACGUGAAUCGAAUUCUGAACGAUGCUCGUGAUCGUACCGGUUCCUCAGCUCAACGUUCCUUGUCAGAAUUCAACAACUUCAAGGCUAUGGUGGUGGCUGGCUCAAAAGGAUCCAAAAUUAACAUCUCUCAGGUCAUUGCUUGUGUAGGACAACAGAACGUUGAAGGAAAACGUAUUCCAUUUGGCUUCAGACACAGAACGUUACCUCACUUCAUCAAGGACGACAACGGUCCAGAUUCUAAAGGUUUUGUCGAGAAUUCGUACCUUGCCGGUCUAACACCAGCCGAGUUCUUCUUCCACGCUAUGGGAGGACGUGAAGGUCUGAUCGAUACAGCUGUAAAAACGGCCGAAACUGGUUACAUUCAACGUCGUCUGAUCAAAGCUAUGGAAUCUGUCAUGGUGAACUACGAUGGAACGGUGAGAAACGCUGUCGGUCAAAUGAUCCAACUGCGUUACGGUGAAGAUGGUCUUGAUGGUACAUGGGUCGAGAAUCAAACCUUGGAAACUCUGAAGCCAAACAACGUCCUAUUCGAAAAGAAAUUUCACCUGGAUACAGGAAACAUCAGAGAACUAAAGGAUUUGUACACCGACGAAGCCUACAGGGACUUAACCACCACUGCCGGUCAUCAACAGAUCUGCAACGACGAAUGGGUCCAGAUUCAGGAGGACAGAAGACUGUUGAGGAAGAUCUUUCCCAAUCCAAACGUCAAAAUCCAUUUACCGUGCAAUCUGUCACGUCUUAUCUGGAACGCUCAGAAGAUUUUCCACGUAGACUUGAGGAAACGAUGCGAACUCUCACCGCUAAAGGUCAUCGAAGGCAUCAAAGAGCUUUCGAAGCGCCUUGUCAUCGUCGGUGGAGAAGACCGAAUCUCUCAGCAAGCCCAGUACAAUGCCACUUUACUCUUCAACAUCCUGCUAAGGUCAACCUUCUCAGCAAAACAAAUGGCCAGCACUCACAAGUUGAACGCCGAAGCCUUCGAAUGGGUAUUGGGAGAAGUGGAGACCAGAUUCAAUCAAGCCAUAGCUCAACCUGGCGAAAUGGUCGGCGCUUUGGCCGCUCAAUCUCUCGGAGAACCGGCCACUCAAAUGACCCUCAACACUUUCCAUUAUGCUGGUGUGUCGGCCAAGAACGUCACGUUGGGUGUGCCACGUCUGAAGGAAAUUAUCAACGUUUCGAAGAAUCCAAAAACUCCGUCAUUGACCGUAUUCUUAACUGGAAACUCGGCCAAGGAUGCGGAAAAGGCCAAGGAUGUGCUUUGCAAGCUAGAACAUACGACCUUGAGGAAAGUAACGGCCGAAACUGCGAUCUACUACGAUCCAGGUGUUGUGGAUACUUGUAUUGAAGAGGACAAGGAUUGGGUGCAAAUCUUCUACGAAAUGCCUGAUGCUGAUCCGUCCAAUGCCGGACCUUGGUUGCUGAGGAUUAAGAUGGAUAGAAAGAGGUAGGGAAUGAGCUUCUGUGAGGGGAGUAGGUAUAAAGGUUGAUAAAAAAGUACAUUUUGUGAUAAAAAAGGUAAAGAAUUUGAUGAAAAAGGUACAAAAAACAUGUUUUUCUUUGAAUUAUGGUAAAUUCAAUGUUGGUAAAAUGCGGUUUUGUUGCUAAAUUUUAACCUUGUAAACUGUUGUUAAAAAUUCCUUUUCUAACCCCAUUCCUUUCAGAAUGACAGACAAGAAGCUAACAAUGGAAAGCAUAGCCAGACGAAUCACCGAAGGCUUUGGCUCCGACCUCCACGUUAUCUACACCGAUGACAAUUCGGAAGACCUGGUAUUCCAUAUCCGUCUCACUAAGAAUCCGGCCGAAAAAGAAACCGAAGAACAGUUGGACAAGAUGGAAGACGACGUGUUUUUGAGAUGUAUCGAGACCAACAUGUUGAGCGACUUGGCUCUACAAGGUAUCGAAGCCAUCUCCAAGGUAUACAUGCACAAACCGACCACCGAUGACAAGAAGAAGGUCGUCAUUCAGCCGGAUGGAUCAUAUCAGAUGGUCUCUGAAUGGUUGUUGGAAACGGAUGGAACAGCGUUGUUGAGGGUAAGGAGGUUUGGUUAGUUGAUAAAUCUAUGUUAAGGGCUGAAAUUUAGUUUUGUUAGGUUGAUAAAGCCAUAAAAGAUUAUAAUAUCAAAAAAAAGUUUUGGAAACUAACGAAAAGGUUGUAAAAAGUAAUAUUAAUAUGACAUAACCAUGUUAACUACAUUAAAAUUACAAUUAUAUGACCAUCUUUAAACUUAUAUUGUUAUAGGUAUUGUCCGAAGAACACGUCGACCCGGCCAGAACAACCUCCAACGAUAUUUGUGAAAUUUUUGAAGUCCUCGGAAUCGAAGCCGUGCGAAAAUCGAUUGAAAAAGAAAUGAACCAAGUCAUUUCUUUCGACGGUUCCUACGUAAAUUACCGUCACUUGGCUCUACUUUGUGAUGUCAUGACAGCCAAAGGUCAUCUUAUGGCCAUCACUCGUCACGGUAUCAACAGACAAGAAGUCGGCGCUCUGAUGAGAUGCUCCUUCGAAGAAACGGUCGAUAUCCUCAUGGAAGCUGCAAUGCACGCCGAAGUCGACCCAGUCAAAGGAGUCUCAGAGAAUAUUAUGUUAGGACAACUAGCCAAAGCCGGUACUGGAUGCUUUGAUUUGGUACUGGAUUCGGAGAAGUGCAAACUGGGUAUGGAGAUUCAGGCCAACACAAUGGGAAUGAUGGGCGGCGCCUUCUUCAACGAUGGAAUGUCUUCACCAGCCUCAUCCUCAAUGUCACCAAGCCGUACGCCAUGGCAAAACGGCCCAACUGGCGCUACACCAUCGUACGCUGGCGACGGAGCCUGGAGUCCAAUGGGAACGGGCGGAGUCACACCAGGCGGAGCUUUCAGUCCAGUCGGAGCUGGAUCGGACAGCGGAUUCUCACCCGCCUACAGCGAAGCUUUCAGCCCUCGAGGCGCUCAAAGCCCUGGUAUGUCACCUGGCUAUGGUAGUCCCAGGCCAGGAGCUUCACCAGCUUACGCCAUGUCUCCAGCCUACAAUCCAGGAACCGGCUACUCACCAACUUCCCCAUCUUACAGUCCGACAUCUCCAGCCUACAACCCAACUUCUCCCAGAUACUCUCCAACUUCACCAUCAUACAGUCCGACUAGCCCUUCGUACUCACCGACUUUACCGUCCUACAGUCCAACGAGUCCAUCAUACAGUCCGACGUCACCAUCGUACAGUCCAACAUCACCUUCAUACAGUCCAACAAGUCCGUCUUACAGUCCGAAUUCGCCGGCCGCUGGCAAUGCCUACUCUCCAUCAAGUCCGUCAUACUCUCCUACAAGUCCACGGUACUCACCAACCAGUCCAUCAUACAGUCCGACGUCACCGUCGUACAGUCCAACCAGUCCAUCGUAUUCACCGAGCUCGCCAAGUAGGUUUUGAAUUAAAAAAAAUUUUUGAAAUUUCGAAUUUUUUAAAAUACUUUUAAAAUUUAUAAACUGUGCCAAACUUUGACGUUAUACCUAAUUUUAGGUUACUCUCCAUCUUCACCACGGUACUCACCGAGCUCACCGGCAUAUUCACCAUCCUCGCCACAGUAUUCGCCGACGAGUCCGCAGUACUCGCCUUCAAGCCCACAAUACAGUCCGUCGUCGCCGUCGUACUCGCCCAGCUCACCGCAAUACUCGCCGAGCAGUCCACAGUACUCACCCUCGUCGCCACAGUAUUCACCAAGCAGUCCGAGGGUAGGUUUUUGAUUUUUUUGGCAUUUUUGAUAAUUAUUAGGUUGUUGAAAUAGUUCUGUGCCCCUCAACCAUAAAAUUUCGUUUUUAAAUGUGACUUGAAGCUAAAUCACCCAUUUUCUUUUCAGUAUUCACCAUCCUCGCCUCAAUACAGUCCAUCUUCGCCACAGUACUCACCAUCCAGCCCUCAAUACUCUCCAUCAUCACCACAGUACAGCCCAUCGUCUCCACAAUACAGUCCCAGCAGUCCACAAUAUUCACCAUCCUCACCUCAAUACUCUCCACCAAACGAGAAGAGGAGUUAA